AUGUCAACUGUUGAUAAGUUAAAGAGCAUGUUAAUUCCAUUAAUAAGCCAUGAAAUAAAAUUAAACAUGGAACAAGAGCCUUUUAGCCAUGGAAGAAAAACGAAUGGUGGUGGUGGUGGUGGAGGAGGAGAAAUCAAAUACCGAGGCGUACGGAGGCGUCCAUGGGGGAAAUUUGCAGCAGAGAUACGUGACUCAGCGCGACAAGGGGCACGUGUAUGGCUAGGAACAUUUAACACCGCUGAAGAAGCAGCAAGAGCUUAUGAUAGGGCGGCUUAUUCAAUGAGGGGUCAUUUAGCUAUACUUAAUUUCCCUGAGGAGUAUAAUUUGCCUUGUAGCUCUUCACAUUUUUAUAGUCAUGCUGCUACUUCUUCUUCUUCUUCAUCAUCAAUGGCUUCAUCAUCGUCAUCAAGGCAAGUUCUUGAAUUUGAAUACUUGGAUGAUAAGUUGUUGGAGGAACUUCUUGAUUUUGAUGAAGAGACAAACAAGAGGAAAUAAAGAUCAUUUCAAAAUAUCAGUGGCGGAAGCAAGACGUUUUUUACUAAAGGAAGUUCACCAUCUAUUAAUUAUAUUUACCUAAUAAAAAAAAGGAAAUCUUUUCAUUUUAUAUAUACAAUAUGAUUUUUACGAAAAAAGGGGUUCGACUUAACCCCCUUCCGUCCCUCUAGCUCCAUCCACUAAUUUGAAUAAUGUUCUUGGUCUGAACCCCUUCCGCCCCUCUAGCUGCGUCCACUAAUUUGAAUAAUGUUCUCGGUCUGAACCUCUUCUGCCCCUCUAGCUCCGCCCACUUUUGAAUAAUGUUUUUGGUCUGAACCCUUUCUGUGCCUCUAGCUCCGCCUACUAAUUUGAAUAAUGUUUUUGGUAUGAAUCCUUCUGUCCCUCUAGCUCUACCCACUAAUUUGAAUAAUGUUUUUGGUCUAUUUAUCCUAUACUCUAUUUUCACUAUGAAAAUUUUAUCCUUUUUUUUUUUGGUGUUUGAAUGUAGCAAUUAAGUUGAUGUUGCAAUGCUUGUAACACAUCAAUUGUACUGUUAGCUAAUGCAAAUGCUGAAAUAUCAACACAAGAAAGUCCUUGUGAUAUAAAUACUAAUUGUCAUUUCUCUGAACAAUU